GCACUCCUAUGCGCCUGCGUAGUGUAGGCCGCAGGCAGAGGCGAUGAGAGUGUUUAUGCGGCGCUGCUGGGGGACCCUGCCUGUCGGUGGCUGCGCAGGCCGAAGGAAGAUCCCGCAGUGGCCAGCGCUGGCCGGGCUAAGUGGGUCCCCUGGCGGGGAGGACGGAUGGGGCGUCCGGGUCCGCGAGAAGCCGCCCUGGCGGGUGCUUUUCUUUGGCACUGACGAGUUCGCCCGGGAAACGCUGCGGGCGCUGCACGCCGCCAGGGAAAACAAGGAGGAGGAGUUAAUUGAAAAGUUGGAGGUGGUCACAGUGCCCUCCCCAUCACCGAAAGGACUGCCAGUGAAGCAAUUUGCUGUCCAGUCUCAGCUUCCAGUGUAUGAGUGGCCAGAUGUGGGAUCUGGAGAAUAUGAUGUUGGAGUGGUGGCUUCAUUUGGCCGACUUUUGAGUGAGGCUCUUAUUCUUAAAUUUCCCUACGGCAUUUUGAAUGUCCAUCCCAGUUGCCUCCCAAGAUGGCGUGGUCCAGCCCCUAUAAUCCAUACUGUGCUUCACGGAGACACAAUUACUGGAGUCACGAUUAUGCAAAUUAGACCUAAAAGAUUUGAUGUAGGCCCAAUUCUCAAACAGGAAGUGAUUCCUGUGCCGCCAAAAACCACCUCGAAGGAAUUGGAAGCAGUGCUGUCAAGACUGGGUGCCGACAUGCUUAUUUCAGUUUUGAAGAAUUUACCUGAAAGUUUGAACAGUGGAAGACAGCAGCCAGCAGAAGGGGUGACACAUGCCCCUAAGAUUUCUGCUGCUACCAGCUGUGUCAAAUGGGAGGAACAAACUUCAGAGCAAAUAUUCAGACUUUAUCGUGCCAUUGGAAAUAUAAUCCCUUUGCAGACCCUCUGGAUGAAUAAUACCAUUAAACUUCUGGAUUUGGUGGAAGUUAAUAGUUUACUUCUCACUGGAUGGCUGGAUUGGUGUUCGAUCAGUAAUGCUCAAGAAAACACUGACAGCUACUGAUUUCUACAAUGGAUAUUUGCACCACUGGUACCAGAAAAAUUCCCCAGUUCAACCAAGCCAGUGCAGAUUUCAGACUCUCAGACUUCCACCGAAGAAGAGGCAGAAGAAAAAAAUUAUUGCAGUGCAAUAGUACAUUAAGUAGUUAGGAAGAAGAUGGACAAGAACCAACUACAUACUUGUAAUUUGUUAAAAGCCUUAUUUACAAGGAAUUACAUUGACUUUCAAAGAAGAUGACACUGUUGGAAGGGAGGAUUAUUGUCAAGAUGAAUUACCUCACUUUUCACUUUUUGUUUAACCGUAGUUAAAAAUAGCUUCUAUUUGAAUAACAAAAGAUGUUUUAAAUUAAAUUUUUAUUUAUAAUAUCAAACAUGCAGAUUGUAUCUUUCCCUAAGGGUGGGUACAAGUGGUAUAUGUAUAUAUUACUGAAGAUAAGUUCUUUCAAAAAGUACAUCUAUUAAAUUUUUGACAUAAUAUGUCCCCAUUGACUAUGUUGUCAUUUCAGCAGUAUUUAAUCUACAUUUUUGAUUUUCAACAAGGAGUAAAGUCAACUCUUUUUUUUUUUUUUUUUCUUUUUAGUGCCACACUCGAGGCAUAUUGAGAUUCCCAGGUUAGGGGUUGAGUUGGAGCUACAGCUGCUGGCCUACACCACAGCCACAGUAAUGCCAGAUCUGAGCCAUGUCUGUGACCUACACCACAGCUCACGGCAACGCUGGAUCCUUAACCCACAGAGCAAGGCCAGGGAUUGAAACCUGCGUCCUCAUGGAUGCUAGUCAGAUGCGUUUCCACUGAGCCACAGUGGUAACUCCUAAAGUCAACUCUUUAAAUUUAUCUACUGUCUAGUUCUCUAGAACUAGUUAACAUUUAUAAUGUGUAAUAAUCUCUGUUACAUUGAUCUGUACAAUAAAUUCACAUUUUACACC